CCGAAGCCACUCAGUCACUCCAAUGAAGUUUAACGCAUUAAAAGUGUAAAGAGGAAGUGAUCAAAACAGUAAACCAAUCAACAACAAACAAACAUGUGUUAAUGAAACAACAAGAUAAAAGUUAAAUUAAUAAAAAAAAAAUAAACAAACAAAAAUACAAUUUAUUACAAACGGAAAACAAUAGUCUAGAAUGGAUUGCAACACGUACACCUGGUGUUUGGCAGCUUUGGGGGCGUUCGCAGUGUUAUUUUUCCUGUUCGAGACUAUAUGGAAUUUACUGCAGAUGACGAGAUCGAUUUUAGCUCCGUAUUUAUUGGCCAAUGAGGAGGAAUCGUCGGUGAAGAAGUUCGGUCUUUGGGCUCUUGUCACCGGGUGCACAGAUGGGAUUGGUAAAGAAUAUGCCAAAGAAUUGGCAAAGAGGGGUCACAGCAUCGUUUUGGUCAGCCGAACGUUGGAGAAGCUAAACGCCACAGCAAAAGAAAUUGAGUCGGAAUUCGGAGUUAAAACUAAAAUUAUCGUAGCAGACUUUUCCAAAGGACAAGAAGCCAUCGAUAUUGUCAAAAAGGAAAUUGGAAAAAUUCCAGUUAGCAUUUUAGUAAACAAUGUCGGAUCGCAGUACGCCUACCCGAUGUACGUCGGAGAGGUGCCGGAGGAUCAGCUGUGGAGCAUCAUCAACGUCAACGUGGGCGCCGUCACGCUGUUGACGCGCACCUUCGUCGAAGAGAUGAGGAUCAGAGGUCAAGGCGCCAUCGUCAACAUCUCUUCCGCCUCCGAACUUCAACCAUUACCACUGAUGACCGCAUACGCUGCAUCCAAA